CCCAGUCAUUCCCGUCUCCGGCACUCUCACUACGGCAUACAAGCAAGGCAUCGGCAACUUCCAUCCAACCAUCACACACCCAGACUCAGAUACAUAAGAGCCUCACAUCUCCGGAUCACCGUUUCUGGUCUCUAUCCGAAUAUCCGAGGUCUCCUACGAACCAGCAUGUGUCCUCGUCUUUUCUGCGAGUUAUAGAAGACGUUUCUGGCGUCUUAUUACACAGACUGGUCCGUUCCCUGUUCACCGAGUUGGUUCAACAUGGACGUGGUGCAGGCCUCGGCGGGCUACGUCACCAAGAUGGUGUCGGCCGGCGACAGCGCAACGGGGGCGCCGUCGGCCAAAAUGAAGAUUUUGCUACUGGACAGGGAAACGCUUGCCUUCAUUUCGACAGCCGUCACCCAAUCGGCCCUGCUCAACCACGAGGUCUAUCUCAUGGACCGCCUCGAAAAUACCAACCGCGAGAAGAUGCGCCAUCUGCGCUGCUUGUGCUUUAUAAGGCCACACCCCGACUCCAUCGGCCUUCUCAUAGACGAGCUGCGGGAGCCCAAGUACGGCGAGUACCAUCUGUUCUUCAGCAACGUUGUCAAGAAAUCUACCCUUGAGCGCCUAGCCGAGGCCGAUGACCAUGAGGUGGUUAAGCUGGUCCAGGAGCAUUUCCUUGACUAUGUUGUCAUCAACCCCGACCUCUUCUCUCUCAAUAUGUCACUGCCCAUGCACCGGAUAUGGGGUGGCACCCCGGACACUUGGAACACUGAUUCCCUGCAGCGGGCCACUGAGGGCAUCAUUGGCGUUCUUUUGAGCCUCAAGAAGAAGCCCUUGAUUCGGUACCAGAAAACGAGCCCAUUAGCGAAGAAACUGGCGUCUGAGGUCCGAUAUUACAUCACCCAGGAGGAUCAGCUCUUUGACUUUCGCAAGGUCGACACACCCCCUGUGCUCCUAAUUCUAGACCGGAGAGAAGACCCCAUCACUCCCUUGCUCAUGCAAUGGACAUAUCAAGCAAUGGUGCACCAUCUCCUCGGCAUCAACAACGGCCGGGUUGACCUCAGCCAUGUUCCAGACGUCCGGCCAGAGCUUAAGGAGAUUGUCCUGUCGCAGGACCAAGACCCAUUCUUCAAGAGGAACAUGUACCUCAACUUUGGCGAUCUUGGGGGCAACAUCAAGGACUACGUCGAGCAGUACCAGUCCAAGACCAAAAACAACGCCGACAUUGAAUCGAUAGCCGACAUGAAGCGCUUCAUCGAGGAGUAUCCCGAGUUCCGAAAGCUCUCAGGCAAUGUGAGCAAACAUGUCACCCUCGUCUCGGAGCUCAGCAGGCGAGUAGGCGCCGAGAACCUCCUCGAGAUCAGCGAGCUCGAGCAAAGCAUAGCCUGCAACGACAACCACGCAUCCGAUCUCAAGAACAUCCAGAAACAGAUCCAAUCCCCCUCUGUUUCACCAGAAAGCAAAGUGACCCUCGUCGCCAUCUACGCCCUGCGCUACGCAAAACACCUGUCCAAUUCCCUGCCCAUGCUAACCGACCUGCUCACCGCGGCCGGCGGUGUCCCCGCCCGCCAGGCCGCGCUCGUCUCCAAACUCCUGGCCUACCAUAACUCCCUACAGCAAUCCGCCGCGACCGCCUCAGGCAUCACCGAACUGUUCGAAUCGACAGGGCUCUUUAGCUCGGCUGGCUCGCGCUUCAAGGGUCUUAAGGGCGUCGAGAACGUCUACACGCAGCAUUCGCCGCUGCUCGAAACGACGCUGCAGCAGCUAAUCAAGGGCAAGCUGCGCGAGGCGCAGUACCCGUUUGUGGAGGGAGGCGGCACGACGAGAGAUAAGCCGCAGGACGUGGUUGCGUUCAUCAUUGGCGGGGCUACAUAUGAGGAGGCCAAGAUGGUGGCAGGGAUCAAUGCUUCGAGUCCCGGUGUCAGGGUCGUGCUGGGGGGCACGACGGUGCAUAAUGCUGCGACGUUCUUGGAGGAGGUGGAGAAUGCUGUGGGCGGGUGGCCUGAGGUAGCAGCGGGGAGGAGGCUGUGAGCUGAGAGUUGUAACGGGGGAUAAAUGUCGGCGGAUGGGUGCCUCGGAUAACUGCUGAUGGGUUUUCGGAGUUUAUUUUGAAGAAGGUGUGGUCGUUCUCCAAUACGAAUUAGAGAUAGGCCGACCUAAACUCUAGGAUCUCUGCUUUUGACUUCAGACAACCGCCGUAUGCACCUCUAUCUAUC